AUGAGCAAACUCCUGCAGCAACAAGCCUGCUUUGAAAGCAUCAAGUCCCUGUGCGCCAACUACAAGAAAGACUCAGCGGACAGGAAAACUCGCGACUAUUUAAACAAACGGCUGGCCAAUCUCGACGCCUUAUGGGAUAAGUUCGAGAGCCAACAUGGGGUCCUCGAAACAGAAAUCGAGGACAAAAACAUCACCUACUUUCAGGAAGACAUCCACACAAAAACAAAAAACAUGUACGACGUUACUAAGGCGGAUAUGCUAAACUUGAUUCACAAGCUAACUGAAGCGAACAGUUCAGUACAAUUCGACCUUACAGAGCGUCUGGAAGGAACGGAAACCGGAACCAGUGACGUCAUUCAACUGUUAAGCAAACAAGAAUGCAACUUCAAGGCAAUCGACCGAGCGAUGUCAAAAAUUGCCAUUGCCCCUAACAAUGAAAAAUGGGAAUUAGAAGAUAAUCUUAAUAUCCUAAAAUCAAAAUGGACGGACAUAGACAAACAACACUGGGAGAUAGAUGGCUUACUCAAAGGUGCUCAUGAAACUUACUACAAUAUAUUCACCGACAUAGAAAACAGGUACGAUUCCAUGCGAAAGGAUCUCAACAGCAAGAUAUGGACAACGUCACAUUAUCAAAAAUCGGCACCUCGCAUUUCGAUACCCGAAUUCUCGGGAAACUACAACCAAUGGAUUUCGUUCAAAGAUCUUUUCGUAGAAACCGUCCACAACAAUCCAACAAUCAACAAGGCACAGAAGAUGCAGCAUCUCAAAACUAAACUUCGUGGAGAAGCAGAAAGAUUGGUCCAGCAUCUCACAAUUAACGCAGACAACUACAACUCAUGCUGGGACAUUUUAAAUCAGCGUUAUGACAAUCGGCGUCUUCAAUUUACUUCCUUUAUGAACACCAUGCUGAAUUUGCCUACCAUUCAACAACCAGAUGCCUACAACCUGAAAAAAAUGCAUGACGUCAUAACCGAAUGCUUAAGUGGACUAACAAAUAUCGGCUUAGAUACCACAACGUGGGAUCCUAUUAUCGUUCAUUUGAUGACUUUGAAAUUGGACGCAUCCACACACAGCGACUACGUACGGGACCUCCAAGACCACAGGGAAGUACCGGUGUUACAUGACUUUCUCUACUUUCUAGAGAGCAAAUUCAUGGCUUAUGAAACCAUGAAACGCGCUAAAAAGGAUGUCAUCACCCAACAGAAGCAAGCAUCCGUGAAAACCUUUAGUAAGGAAUAUCAAACCAAGAAGCCUAACUACAAUAACUUUAACUAUUUCAAGAAUAACUUCAAAACAUACCAUGCAACACACGGUCAAUGUCCACUUUGCGAAGGGGGGCACUCGCUGAGACAAUGUCAAAGGUUUGUUGACCUGGAUAUACCGCAACGCAACAAUAUGGUUGCGAAACUAAAGGUCUGCAAAAACUGUUUGUCCGAUCACGGGGACAGGGAAUGCGGAUCUCAAAAUACGUGCAAAGAAUGUAACAUGAAACAUCAUUCAUUAUUGCACAAUAAUAACAUGAAGAAACAAAUAGCUUCUAAAUAUACAAAAUUUCCAUUCGGGCCAAAGCCAUCAACUUCCACUCAACAACCAACGAGCCAUCAUAUAGCAACAAAUGAGGUAGAAGUCCUGCUAACUACGGUUCAGCUUCAACUUCAGGCAAGCAACGGGACAUUUACAACGCUACGCGCAUUACUAGAUCAAGGCUCUCAGCUAAAUCUCAUAACUGAAAAUGCCGCACAAUUACUAAACCUACCCAGGAAGAAGCUAAAUGGGACUAUAACUGGAAUCGGGACCUUAACCUGCAAAGGAAAAGCAGAGCUUAAGGGCAAGUCCUUGCAUUCCGAUUAUACAUUUCAAACAAAAGCAUUUAUCGUCCGCAAAAUAACUAGGAACUUACCUAACUCCACAUUCAAGAAAGCAGACUGGCCGCACAUACAAAACUUAAAACUAGCGGACCCUGACUUCGACGUGUCGCGCCCCAUAGACCUGCUACUCGGGGCCCACGUUUACGCUGACGCCCUCAUGAACGGGCUAAUAAAAGCUGGUAAAAGGGCUCCAAUUGCCCAACAAACCCAGCUAGGUUGGAUUAUCAGUGGAAGCCUGACAACUCCCACCUCACCCAGCUGCCACGCAGCCUUAACUAACAUGGAUGAACUUACCAAAUUUUGGGAAAAUGAAGACAUCUCGCAAAACGACGCGGAUAGGUCUACGGACGAUAAAUGUGAAGAUUACUACCAGCAAACUGUUAAGCGGGGCCCCGAUGGAAAAUACAUUGUGAAAAUGCCACUAAACGCAAAAUACGAAAAAAAGCUGGGAAAUUCAAAACAAAUAGCGAUCUCUCAGUUUCUACAACUAGAACGCAAACUGCAAAGGCAACCAAAAUUCGCCCAAAUGUAUCGGGAAUUUAUGAAAGAAUAUUCCGAUCUGCAGCACAUGAAGCCUUCUAAGUCAUCCUCAGCACAAGACUGUUACCUUCCGCAUCAUGGGGUGCUGAGGGCAAAAGCAUCCACCACAAAGUUAAGGGUUGUUUAUAAUGCAUCACAAAAAACCAGCAGCGGCUAUAGCUUAAAUAGCCUCCAAGAAAAGGGUCCUAACCUACAAAGGGACAUUCAAGCCCUGAUACUAAAAUGGAGGUCCUACAAAUACGCCUUUUGCGCUGAUGUCCAAAUGAUGUACAGAUGCAUAUGGAUCUCUGAGGACCAACAACAUCUUCAGAAGAUAAUAUGGCGAAACUCGCCUUCUGAAAAACUUCAGGAAUACCAACUCUGUACAGUAACCUACGGCCAAAAAUGUGCAGGUUGGUUAGCAACAAGAACACUCAAGCAGUUGGCCAUUGACGAUGGUCACAAACAUCCCGAAGCUGCCGAAACACUAAAGAACGAAUUCUACGUUGACGACCUCAUCAGCGGUCGCAACUCAAUCGAAGAAGCAAAAGAACUACAGAGCUCACUAAUAAGCCUACUCAAAGGUGGAGGUAUGAACUUACGAAAAUGGUCAGCUAACGACCCAACUUUGCUGGAGGAUCUAACCAAAGAUCAAAUUUCAACACAAAUAUACGACUUCAAACAUGAAGAAUCUAUGAAAACAUUAGGACUUGGCUGGAACCCAAGCUCGGACACGUUCCUACUCAGCUGGGAACUACAAAACGACACAGCGUCAAACUUAACUAAACGGACUCUACUGUCUGAAAUAUCACGCCUAUAUGACCCAUUAGGCUGGUAUAGUCCUGUCACCGUGACGGCAAAACUAAUAUUCCAAAGGGUUUGGACCAGUAAUAUUUCAUGGGAUCAAAUUCUGCCUCAUCAAAUCCAAGAAGAUUGGAUAAAACUUAAAACGGAACUACAACUACUAAACAAGGUUAACCUAAACAGAUGGAUCGGCGGAACAUCAAAGCAAAUCGAACUUUUAGGGUUCUCUGACGCAAGUGAGAAAGCGUUUGCCUGCGUCAUUUACACUCGCGUUAAGGAUGACAACGGGAAGCUGCGAACAACUCUACUAGCAGCGAAAACUAGGGUGGCCCCCAUAUCGCAAAAAACUACUCUACCAAAAUUAGAAUUAUGUGGAACCCUACUACUAGCCCAACUCAUGAAGAAGGUAUUGAAAGCCUACAAAGACUACGAUGUAACUAUACGAGCAUUUUGCGACUCCCAAGUAACCCUCGCAUGGCUACAGGGGGACGAGUCACGAUGGGAAAAAUACGUGGCCAACCGAGUAGUAAAGGUCACACAAAUAAUACCAGCAGACAAGUGGAAUUACAUCAGAUCUGAGGAAAAUCCAAGUGACUGCGCUUCACGAGGCGUGUACCCAAGCAAACUGGUGAAUCUCACCCUCUGGUGGCACGGUCCGUCACUUCCCGAAACUAAUCUGGAAAACGAACUUCAAACCUCAACUUGCCAUUUCACUACUAACAUCGGGCUAGCGGAAAACGAAGAGACAACCCUAACUACAAAUCAAAACAAUAACUUCAUGUAUGACCUACUUAACAAAUGCAGUUCCUUAUCACGAGCCAUUGUAACUUAG